AAGCGGCCGGGCCCCGUGAGGAAGCCACGCGGUCCCAUCGUGGUCCCCUCCGCAUCCCUGGCUUUGAACCACGCGGAGAAGCAGGGGAGCCGCGUCAGGGGCGGGGGGAAGUGCGGCUCAGAUUUCGCAAGGUUACCCCCACCCCCCCGUCUGUGGGCUCCGGGUACCGGGUGGCCGCGGCGCGGGGCCGCGCAGAGCCGAACGCGGCGGGGCUGGGCAGAAGGCGCGCGGGCUGCGGAGGAGUUGCGGGGCGCGCGCCCGGCCGGCUCGCCCGCCGCUCACCUGGAGUGCUCAGGUAGGACCUGGGCGGGGCGCGGGGCUGGCGCGCAGGCGCGGGAUCCGGCCUCGCCCCUGCCGACGUCGCCGGCGGGAGCUCACCUGGGAGACUCGCAGAGGAAGAGGAGCCUUGGCCGCCGCCUCGCCUGGCAACGCGGGAGGCCCGGCGGGCAGGCAGGAAGCGGCGGCGGCGGAGGAGUUGAACCGAACGGCCCACGCGAGUCCCAGCCACCCGAGUCGCCCGCGCCGCCACCUGCACUUGGCUCCGGGCCGGCGGGCAGCGCCCCCGGCCGGCCACCGCUUCCCGCCGCCUGCCCUGCCCACCUGCCAGGUAUUACUAUUUAAAGAAACCUUUUACCAGCAAAUCUAUGAUACAAACUAUAAGUAACAAAGAAAACCAUAGCUGUUAUCUGUCAAGUAACAAGUGCUUAAUGCCAGAAUGGCUCACCUAAAGCGACUAGUAAAAUUGCACAUUAAAAAACAUUACUGCAAAAAGUUCUGGAAGCUUGGUGUGUUCAUCUUUUGCUUUUUCGUCAUUUUGAUUUUAAUGCAACGAGAAGUAAGCGUUCAAUAUUCCAAGGAGGAAUCAAAGAUGGAGAGAAACUUGAAAAACAAAAACAAAAUGCUUGACUUCAUGCUCGAAGCUGUAAACAAUAUCAAAGACGCAAUGCCAAAGAUGCAAAUAGGAGCACCCGUCAAGCCGAGCAUCGACAUCCCCCAGAGACCCUGUCUGCAAGGGUACUACACAGCAGCCGAGCUGAAACCCGUCCUCGACCGCCCACCUCAGGAUUCCAAUGCACCUGGUGCUUCCGGCAAGCCUUUCAAAGUCACCCACCUCAGCCUGGAGGAGCAGAAGGAAAAAGAGCGCGGGGAGACCAAGCACUGCUUCAACGCCUUUGCCAGUGACAGGAUUUCUUUACACCGUGACCUUGGACCUGACACCCGACCACCUGAAUGUAUUGAGCAGAAAUUUAAGCGCUGCCCUCCCCUGCCUACCACCAGCGUCAUAAUAGUCUUUCAUAACGAAGCGUGGUCCACGCUGCUCCGCACCGUCCACAGUGUGCUCUAUUCUUCGCCUGCAAUACUGCUGAAGGAGAUCAUUCUGGUGGACGACGCCAGCGUAGACGACUACUUACAUGAAAAACUAGAGGAAUAUAUCAAACAAUUUUCUAUAGUGAAAAUAGUCAGACAACAAGAAAGAAAAGGCCUCAUCACUGCUCGGUUGCUAGGGGCAGCAGUAGCGACUGCGGAGACGCUCACGUUUUUGGAUGCUCACUGUGAGUGCUUCUAUGGUUGGUUGGAGCCUCUGCUGGCCAGAAUAGCCGAGAACUACACUGCCGUGGUGAGUCCAGACAUUGCAUCCAUAGAUCUAAACACAUUUGAGUUCAACAAGCCUUCUCCAUAUGGAAGCAACCAUAACCGCGGAAACUUUGACUGGAGCCUCUCCUUCGGCUGGGAAUCGCUUCCUGAUCAUGAGAAGCAAAGGAGGAAAGAUGAAACCUACCCAAUCAAGACCCCCACCUUCGCAGGAGGCCUAUUUUCUAUAUCUAAAGAAUAUUUUGAGCAUAUUGGAAGUUACGAUGAAGAAAUGGAAAUCUGGGGAGGUGAAAAUAUAGAAAUGUCAUUCAGAGUGUGGCAAUGUGGUGGGCAGUUGGAGAUUAUGCCUUGCUCUGUUGUUGGACAUGUUUUUCGCAGCAAAAGCCCUCAUACCUUCCCAAAAGGCACGCAGGUGAUUGCUCGCAACCAAGUUCGCCUUGCAGAAGUCUGGAUGGAUGAAUACAAGGAAAUAUUUUAUAGGAGAAACACAGAUGCAGCAAAAAUCGUUAAGCAAAAAUCAUUUGGUGACCUUUCAAAAAGAUUUGAGAUAAAGAAACGCCUUCAGUGUAAAAAUUUUACAUGGUACCUGAAUACCGUUUACCCAGAAGUGUAUGUACCAGACCUUAAUCCUGUUAUAUCUGGAUAUAUUAAGAGUGUCGGUCAACCUCUGUGUCUGGAUGUUGGUGAAAAUAACCAGGGAGGCAAACCGUUGAUUCUGUACACAUGCCAUGGACUCGGCGGAAACCAGUACUUUGAGUACUCCGCUCAGCAUGAAAUCCGGCACAACAUCCAGAAGGAGUUAUGUCUUCAUGCUACUCAGGGGGUCGUCCAGCUGAAGGCGUGUGUCUAUAAAGGUCACAGGACAAUCACCCCCGGAGAGCAGAUAUGGGAGAUUCAGAAGGACCAACUUCUGUAUAAUCCAUUGUUUAAGAUGUGCCUUUCAGCAAAUGGAGAGCAUCCAAACUUAGUGCCAUGCAACCCAGCAGACCUACUCCAAAAAUGGAUUUUUAGCCAAAAUGAUUAAGUGUUCCUUAAAGCUAAGGAGUUGAAAAGGACAUAUUCUUCCUCAUAAAACUGUGACGAGGCGUACACUGUAGUUGUUGAAAAUUAUGCAAAAGCAGCUAAUUGUAACUUAUUCCAAGUGCAUUUUCCUUAUUUAUGUCUUAAGAUGUCUAUGUAGUUCUGCAGCAGAGACCCUGUGGGUUUCUGUUAGAAAUACCAAAGACGAUUCUGAAAUGUCCAGAUGUAGAAGAGAGAUGUUUACAAAGACGGUAAUUUUCCUAGAGAAGUGACCUGUGCUUGUACCCUUAGGGGUGUGCACAGCUACAUCCGCACAUUCGCCACUUAGAAUAUUUCCCCCAGUUGUAGGGGAACUGGAAAAAGAUUUGAUACUGUAUUUUUAUAGCUAUGUAGAAAUCGAUCAAUGAAGGUCAGUCAUUGGCCUUUCUGUACAAACCAGGAAAUUUUUACAGAUCUAGAAUUUAUUGUUCUAAAAUCCAGGUAAACUUUUGUUGCCUUUGUUUACUUGUCUGUCACAUAUUUCCAUAAACAUGAAGUUGAAUAAGGAGAGGACUAUUUUUAACACUUCAAUUUUUGGAAAAUUUACAGAUAUUUUUUAGUCUGAAGCCCACUCCACUUGAUGCACGGGAGUCUUCCCCAAAUGGCUUUUUUGAAGCGGCUACACUGUGUGUUUUCCCAGAGCACUUUUAAAAAAACAAAAUUAUAAAUUAUUAGCUGUUACUACAGGGGUUCCUUCUUCCUUUCUAGCAGUCUUAUUUUCUUAGCUCAAUUCACUAAUCCUGAAUAUUUAUAAUGCUGGAUUUCAAAUGCAGUCUACUUGACUCAAUUCUAAAUGUCGUGGUUGAUUCAUUAUACAGAGUGGAUUUGCAAUGGAUCUUUCCCAUAAAAAGUAGCCUUACUUUUAUCUAUGUGAAAAAACACAAUAAAAAAGA